AUGUCGCAACAUAAAACCAUACCAUCAAACUCGUCUUAUCAUUCCUCAUCGGACGCAGGACCAUCUACUCAUCAUGUUCAGUCCCCUCCAACCCCAUUAUCCCCUUCACAUUCGAUUCGACAGCCUACCCAUGUACAAGCAAUUCAUGAUUUCGAUCCUUCUCUCCUGGCUUCUACAUCAUCCAAUAGUUCCAACAUGUAUCUCAGCUUUAAAUCAGGGGAGAUAAUCAGAGUACAUGUGAGAGACGCCACAGGCUGGUGGGAUGGGGAGAUAAGCCUAAGAAGAGGUUGGUUCCCCAGUAAUUAUGUUCGAGAGAUGGGUUGGGAUGCGUCCGCUCAUCGACGCGCCGAGUCGACUUCCACAAAUCCUACAUCAGCAGACAGCCCUACCACUUCUCGAGCAGGAAUUAGCCAUUCCAGGCAAACUUCCACAGCUUCACACUAUUCCAGAGUCUCCACAUCGACAUCAGCCUCUAACCACGUCACUUCACCAACUACUCAUCGUGAACCUGCAUCUUUCGGCGCCAACUUCCAAAUCCUCAUGCAUCCCAUCGUGCAAUCCCUCUCCUUACUGGAAUCUGCAAUUCACUCUCAUCGUAAACCCCAUAUUCAGCCUUCAACAGCUUGCGUUAUAUCCUCCAUCCGAGCUGCACUCAUGCAGACUGACUGUCUGAGCAAAGAGUCUGCCACACUGGUUACUUGGCCUGUUUUAGCUAGGGAGAGAAAGAUUGUUUUGGUUGAACUAUCUAAAUUGGUCGGAUGUGCGAAGACUGCUGGAGGAGUUGAAGAUGUAGAAGGAGUGGAUGACGCGAAAGAAUUAGAAGCAUUAGCAAGAGCCGCUCGUGGAGUAUUUGCAAGUGUCAAGCGGUUUCUACACCUUGCGAAUGAAUGCGGCGUAUCAGUGACACUUAUGGAGGCCUCUCAGGAUAUGAUCACAGAGGGUAGCGCAGCAUCCGAUGAUCAAUCUACAAUUUCCUCAUCCACAGACGAUGCUAGUCAGUCGACAAUAGGCAGAUCACGGAUCAACGUUAUGACAAAAGAAAACACUCGGCUACAAGAGACUUUCCGUGUUCGAGCGGCAAGUAUUGGUGAUCUAAGGGCAGCUAGAAGACGAGCUGGCAGUCCUCCUCCUCCACUGCCUUCUGCGACCGUCAUUACUUCUUCAAGCUCUCAAUCAGGGAGGAAACGGUCCCCAUCUGAUACCAUCACGCCUCUAUCAGCGACAUUCUCGCAAGCUUCUGAUCGCUCUUCUCCCAUUACCACAAAAUCACUUCACGAGAGACGCGUACAAGGCAGUAUGGAUAGUAUUCUCAGUGUCGCUUCUUCUGGCGAUGCACAUAUCCCCUGGGAAGAUACUACGCCGGUCCCCACACCUGAAGUAAUUGUCAAUAAUCGUCAGCUUGGGUCCGUGACUGAUGUACAUGAGGCUAUUGGCCACGCCGAGGAUGCCCUCCUUUCCAUCAUCGCUGCUUUCAUCGGACAUAUACAUUCUCACAGUAUCAAUUCGCACCCCUCGAGUCAUGCACAUCUCAUUGAAAUGACUCGUGAGACCAUCGACAGCGUCAGGGAGCUAUUGACCAUCGUUGAAGCGGUCGGAAGGAAUAUUGGUGUUCGCCAUAGACGGCCAAGGGAGAUCGAAAAUCUACGGAUAGCUAAAGAUCAAUUAUACGAAGUGGCAUCGAAGUUGGUAGAGAGUGCAGAGGUGGUGGCCAAUGCCCCUUUCUCUGAAUUUGGCGAGGAAAGCUACGACGCUGAGAAAGCUCGUCUACUUCAAGCCGCGACCGGUACACUUCGUGCUGGAACAGAAUGUGUAAGACUGGUCAAGCAAUGUUUGCCUGAAGACGACAACAUCCAUCUUCAUGCCACUCCCCGACAGAGUGAUAUAGCAGGAAGACAAUCGACUCCUCGACCCGCUCCAGCUCAUGAAGCGCCUCUUGUUAUGCGUGAGAAGCCAGUAGGUGCUCGAGGUGUACACACACUUUCUGGUCUGCAUAGAAAAGCGACCAGUCUGAGCACUUUGCAGCGACGAUACCAACAAGAUGGCACCAUGGUGCAAGCCCCUAUGGAAGAAGACGAACAUGAGGAAACAGAGGAAGAAGAAGACCAAGAGGUCGUCCAGGAUUACAACAAAGACGAAGAUCUUACCAUGCGUCCCAUGGCACAGCACAUUCUCGGUGCCCCCGUUGCUUUCCCUGUUCGGCCAACCCUACAGCACAAUCAUACCUCACCUGGCCCGUUGCCAGCAUCUCGUGGGCCUUCCAAUGACCUCCUUCGGGCUUUGGCUGGAUCAACUCCCUUGGGCCCCCGAAGUCGUUCCUCAAGUUUAACCUCUCCUGCUCCCCCCCGCAUGAAACAUCGAUCUCCAUCACGUUCAGCAGAUCUCGACAAAUACACAGCAGACUACGAUAUCCGUUUGCCACCACAACGGCGUGCCUCUCGAGGAACAAUUUCUGCUUCAUCUAGGCUUUCCACGUACACUUCAGCCAGUUCGCAGGUCUCAUCUGCCUCGACUGCGGCCACGUCUGUCCGAUCUUCCGAUCCGAUUGAAUAUGACUCCACAAUUACUCAAACACCACCUACACACGAUGUCCCGACUUUCGCAACCUUGAAAGUCGAAAUCUCGGAUACUCUACAAGAUAUCUCGCAAGCUACUGACACUCUCUCCCUGAACUCAGAGAACGCACUGAGACCAGCAACCCUCCUUCGUCCAGCAGCCCCUGUCAGAAGUGUUACUGCUCCUGCACCUUCCGCCAAUGCCGACGUUCGUUUCUGGGUCGUAGCUCACGAUUACGACCCUCAGGAGAUAACCUUCAACCCAGAUGGAGCCAUGGUCGGCGCCUCCCUCCCGGUCCUAGUGGAAAAAAUGACACCUCAUGAUGGACCAGUCGAUCCAACGUUCAAUGCCACAUUCUUCUAUACUUUUCGACUGUUUACAUCUCCCACGCAGUUGUUAGAUGCCAUCAUGCAACGAUACGACCUUCAUCCGCCGGCUGCUAUGGUUUUUGGCGAAAAGGAAAGGGCACUUUGGAUCGAGCGGAAGGUUGUACCUGUACGAUUAAGGAUAUACAAUUUCUUAAAAUCAUGGCUCGAUCAACAUUGGAGAGAUGAAACGGACGAUGUGGUUCUCGACACUUUAGAGGCCUUUGCCAAGGAUGUAGUAUCUGUGACGCUACCUGCUAUGGGUCCAAGAUUACUCGAAGCUGUCAAACGUCGUUCAAACGGCCCAAUGUCGGCUGUCUCCAAUCGGUCAAGUUUCAAUCGACCCGUGUCCAUGGAUCGAAUGAGAAGCAUCAGUCAAUCGGGAAUGUUGCACCCUCCUGUGAUCUCAGGUGGUCUUCCCCCAACUCCGGUCAUUAGCAAGAACCUACAUUCAUUACUCCAAAAAGCGAGCGCCACUGGAAGUAACGUCAAUAUCACUGAAUUCGACACACUUGAAUUGGCUCGUCAAUUCACUAUAAUGGAAAGUAAGAUGUUUUGUGCUGUUGUGCCUGAAUAUCUGCUACAAACGGGUAAAAAGACAAUACCAGAGUUGAAGGCUUUGAGUACUGUGUCGAAUCAGAUUACAGGUUGGGUGGCCGAUAGUAUCCUCAACGAAACAGAUGCUAAGAAACGAGCGAGUUUGAUCAAGUUCUUCAUCAAAUUGGCAGAUAAAUGCCUGAUGAUGAACAACUUUUCGACCAUGUUUGCUGUCUUAGCUGGAUUGAACAGUAGUACUAUUCUCAGGCUAAAAAGAACUUGGGAUGCUCUUCCAUCAAAAUACAAAACUACUAUCGAAAAACUUCGUGGCGUUAUUGAGCACACAAAGAAUCACGCUGCUUAUCGAGCGAGAUUACGAGAAGCACCUUCACCUUGUCUUCCUUUCCUCGGUCUAAUCUUAACCGACAUCACGUUCACCUCUGAUGGUAAUCCUAGUACUCGUCCAUCUGUACUCGAGCCAGAGAUUACCUUGAUCAACCAAGACAAGUUUAACAAACUUGGAAGGAUAGCAAUUGAUUUCAAGCGGUACCAAGAACCAUUCAACUUCCAUGAAUUGGAAGCUGUACAAACUUUCUUAAGACGUGUAUUGACCGAAAGAGGAAGUGGAUCAGUUGAUGCGCUGUACAGGAAAUCUCUCAUGCUGGAACCGAGACAGGGGUCUGAGAGAUUCAGCUCGAAUGUGGAAAGACCAAAUUGGUUGAGCGGGAAGAUAUAA